UCGGGUUGUAUUAUAGAAAAACAAAAAAAGAAAUAGCAGUCUAUUGUGGGUUAUUGCACGGGCACUGAAAGGCAACCCUAGCCUCCUUCUGGGGAAUCUCUAAGCCCCAAACCUAAAACCCUAAUUCAAUGGCCGGCGGCAAGAUCAAGAAAGAGAAGCAAAAGUCAGUUCGAGCACCGUCGAAUCACUACCAAGGAGGCAUAUCCUUCCAUAAAUCCAAGGGGCAGCACAUCCUCAAGAACCCGUUACUGGUGGAUACCAUUGUCCAGAAAUCAGGUAUCAAAAGCACCGAUGUUAUUCUUGAGAUCGGUCCCGGUACCGGAAAUCUUACCAAAAAGCUUCUUGAGGCCGGUAAAAUGGUUAUUGCUGUUGAACUUGACCCCCGUAUGGUUCUGGAGCUCCAGCGCCGCUUUCAGGGCACCCCUUUAUCCAAUCGAUUGAAGGUCAUUCAGGGUGAUGUGCUCAAGACUGAUCUUCCCUACUUUGAUAUAUGUGUGGCAAACAUCCCUUACCAAAUCUCCUCUCCCCUCACAUUCAAAUUACUGAAUCACCAGCCUUCUUUUCGGUGUGCUAUUAUAAUGUUUCAGAGGGAAUUUGCAAUGAGACUUGUUGCCCAGCCUGGAGACACACUGUAUUGCCGGCUAUCUGUGAACACCCAGCUCUAUUCUAGAGUGUUUCACCUCCUCAAAGUUGGAAAGAAUAAUUUCAGGCCUCCCCCUAAAGUAGAUUCGUCUGUAGUUAGAAUUGAACCCAGGAAACCGCGUCCCCAAGUGAAUCCAAAGGAAUGGGAUGGAUUCAUACGAAUUUGUUUCAUUAGAAAGAAUAAGACUCUUGGCUCAAUAUUCAGGAUGAAAAAUGUUUUGUCUUUGCUGGAGAAGAACUACAAGACCCUGCAGGCAUUACAGCCUUCUGAGGAUGCUGAUGCUGAGAUGGAUAUUUCUGGACUGGGCGAUUGUAAGGAGGAUCAGAGCAUGGACUUGGAUGAUGGAACAGAUGAUGAAAUGGAGAUGGAGGAUGGUGAUGCAGAUGCUGAGGUGUCUGAAUUCAAAGAAAAAGUUCUAUCCGUGUUGAAAGAGAAAAACUUUUAUGAGAAAAGGUCCUCAAAACUCUCACAAGAGGAGUUCUUGUACCUGCUCUCUCGGUUCAAUAUGGCUGGCAUACAUUUCUCUUGAUCAUACUAGCCUCAAUGAGGUAGAAGGUCUCAUAUACUUAGUUUAAAGAUCCGACUUUGAAUGAUUCUCAAUCCUUGAGACGUGGUCUUCAGACCCUUUUCGGACAGGGAUUGAUCUCAGCGAGUGCAGAAAUAAAUCCGACCCAUUGAAUCAAGUUAGGAGUGGGGAUGGCAAAGGGUACUCGACCGUGACCCGUUCUGAAUUCGAAGUCGGUUGUUAGUUUUUUAAUAUCUGAAUUCGUUUUAAAUUUAUUAGAAUAAUUUAUUUUAAAUUUGAUUAUUGUUAUUUAUAUGAUA